GAUGGUAAGAUUCCACAGAUUAAACGAAGUCUUGAAGAGUGUGCAUCUUUGAUACAGAAGCAGUUGCCCAACAUCACUCGCCAUGAGGCUGCUCCGAAGACACUACGGCCCACUGAAGCUGGCUUUGGUGGGCGUCGUCUUCAUGAUUUUCCUCUUCAUUAUGCAAAGGGACGUGGGCAGUGGGGAGAACAGGGAAGAGCCCUGGCUAAAAAACAUUGUGGACAGGAAAGAUCAAAUGAUUGACAUAAUGAUGGGGGCAGUCAACAACAUCCGGGAUUCUAUGCCAAAGCUGCAGAUUCGAGCUCCAGUUCAGCAAGAAGCACCUGUACAGAGCAGCAAGUCUUGCCUACCAGGCUAUUACACACCAGCAGAACUGAAGCCCCUUAUGGAGCGUCCACCUCAGGACCCCAAUAGCCCAGGUGCUGAUGGUAAAGCUUUCAAGAAAGACCAAUGGAAUCCAGAAGAGACCAAGGAGAAAGAGCGUGGCUAUGAGAAGCAUUGCUUCAAUGCUUAUGCUAGUGACCGGAUCUCUCUCCAGAGGCCCCUGGGACCAGACAGUAGGCCUCCAGAGUGCAUUGACCAAAAGUUCAAGCGAUGCCCGCCCCUCCCUACCACCAGUGUUAUCAUUGUCUUCCAUAACGAGGCCUGGUCGACUUUGCUCCGCACGGUGUACAGUGUUCUCUACUCCUCCCCUGCCAUCUUGCUAAAGGAAAUCAUUCUUGUGGAUGAUGCCAGUACAGAUGACUACCUGAAAGACCAGUUGGACGAGUACGUCAAGCAGCUGCAGAUAGUGAGGGUCGUCCGACAACUGGAGAGAAAAGGUUUAAUUACUGCCCGGUUGCUUGGUGCAAGCGUUGCCACGGGAGAUGUGCUCACUUUCCUCGAUGCUCACUGUGAAUGUUUCCACGGCUGGUUGGAGCCUCUCCUGUCCCGCAUUGCGGAGGAACCCACAGCUGUGGUCAGCCCAGACAUUACCACCAUUGACCUGAACACCUUUGAGUUUUCCAAGCCGAUUCAAUAUGGGAAGCAGCACAGUCGAGGUAACUUUGACUGGAGCCUGACUUUCGGAUGGGAGUCCAUCCCUCAGCAUGAGAAGCAGAGAAGAAAGGAUGAGACUUUCCCUAUCAAGACUCCCACAUUUGCAGGUGGUCUGUUUGCCAUUUCUAGGUCCUACUUUGAACACAUUGGAUCCUAUGACGAUCAGAUGGAAAUCUGGGGAGGGGAGAACGUGGAGAUGUCCUUUCGGGUUUGGCAGUGUGGGGGUCAGCUGGAGAUCAUUCCUUGCUCAGUGGUUGGCCAUGUGUUCCGAUCGAAGAGUCCCCACACUUUCCCGAAAGGAACUCAGGUAAUCUCCAGAAACCAAGUGCGCCUGGCAGAAGUCUGGAUGGACAACUACAAGGAAAUCUUCUACAGGAGGAACCAGCAGGCCUCCCAGAUGGCUAGAGAGAAAACAUACGGAGACAUCACUCCCCGGCUUGAACUGAAGGAGCGGUUGCAUUGCAAGAAUUUCACCUGGUAUCUGCAGACUAUUUACCCAGAGAUUUUCAUUCCAGACCUGACUCCGGCUUUCUACGGAGCUAUCAGAAACGAAGGUGCCAAACACUGCUUGGAUGUUGGCGAAAACAAUCAUGGAGGGAAGCCACUGAUCAUGUACCCCUGCCAUGGCAUGGGUGGCAAUCAGUAUUUUGAAUACACAUCCCAGAGAGACCUCCGGCACAACAUUGGCAAGCAACUCUGCCUCCGAUCCAAAGCAGGACCUGUGGAGUUGGGCGACUGCCACUAUGUAGGGAAACACUCCCAUGUACCUGAAAAUGAAGAAUGGGAACUGACCAACGAUCACCUGAUUAAGAAUGUGGCAUCUAGUAAGUGUCUGUCUGGAAGAGGCGAGCAUCCUUCCAUGGCUCUCUGCAACCCUUCAGAUUCCUAUCAGCUUUGGUACUUCAGCUAAAGUGGCCCAGGGAAGAC